GGCGCCGACCCUCCUUCUUGAACACCUGGAGCGUUGUGCGUAGAUGCGAGGUGCCCUGGGGACCUUGCGAAGGCGACACGGACGUUGAUAUAAACAGCAGCGGCAGCAGCAUCCGAGGCGAGUGCUGUGCGGCGACUUCAGCGACACGGACCCCCCACCCCCAUCCCACGGCACAGCUUUUGUCGUACGAGCGGACCCUGCCGCUCCAACUGAGCCCCCUCUUUGCGAGAGACCCCCCCCCCCCCGCACACACAAAUGGAUAUCGUCUCGGCCGUCCUCGUCACCGCCGUCACCAUCAGCAUCGGCAGUGCCAACAGCAUCUCGGAGGCAUAUCAAGACCCGGAAUUGCCUUUGACCUCACCAACAUCAUCAGCACCACUCUCAUCAUCGUCGCCGUCAUCGUCAUCAUCAUCAUCGUUCAACGAGACGAGUACCGCAUCCAGCAGUUCCAACCACACGAGUGGCGGCUUCCCCUACGACUACAACUACGGCUACGACACCGUGGACACAGCGUGCGACUACAGCGAGUGGAACGUCACGCCGACGCUCAUCCCCAUCGUCUACUCGCUGGUGUUCGUGUGCGGCCUCGUGGGCAACGGCCUGGUGGUGUGGACCAUUGCGCGGCUCAAGACGCGCAAGCGCAACACGGAUCUUUACAUCGCCAGCCUCGCCUCCGCCGACCUCGUCUUCGUCCUCACGCUGCCCCUCUGGGCCGCCUACACGGCACUGGGCUACCACUGGCCCUUCGGGGGCUUCCUCUGCACCCUCAGCAGCUGCGUGUCCAUGCUCAACAUGUACGCGAGCAUCUUCUGCCUCACCUGUCUCAGCCUGGACCGCUACGUGGCCGUCGUCUGCUCGAUGAGGUGCCACUCGUUCCGCACGGCGCGCGUGACCAAGGCUCUGCUCGCCGGCGUCUGGACUUUCUCCUCGCUCAUGGCGCUGUUCACGGCCGCUCUGGCCACCACCAAGACCAUCGCCGAAGACCCCGCCGACGCCAGCUACGGCGGCAACUUCCUCGACGACGACGACGACGACUACGACGCGAGCGGCGGCCGAGUGGUGUGCGUGGUGGAGUACUCCUCGCUGAGCAGCAACGGGGAGAUGUCUCCCGACUGGUGGAACGCCAUGGCGGGCCUCUUCCACACGUCGGCGAGCUUCGUGCUGCCCGAGGUGGUGAUGAUCUACUGCUACGCGUGCAUCAUGGCCAAGAUCCAGAACCACUUCACGCACGUGCGCAGGGAGAGCGGCAAGCGUCGGCGGCUGCUGAGAACCAUCUUCAACCUCGUGCUCACCUUCACCGUCUGCUGGCUGCCCUUCCACGCGGUGAAGGUCACGAACGCGCUCGUUCACUUCGGCGUGCUGCCCACGCGCUGCGGCCUGGAGCGUUUCAUUUUCGUGGGGCUGCCCUACACGGUGAGCCUCGCCUACGUGAACAGCUGCCUCAACCCCUUCCUCUACGCCUACUUCGACCCACACUUCAGGUCGACUUGCCUCGGCGUGCUGCGCUGCGCCACCCUCGAGGCGCUCAUGGCAGCGCAGGUCAGCUCGGCGGGCGGAUCCGGCGCCGCGACGGCGUCUCGCGACGAGCCCUCGUCUCGCUCCGACACGGCCGACGCGGCCGCCGGCAACGAGUCGAACGCGAGCGACGCCGUCGCCGCUUUGUGCUGCGGCCGCUUUCUGGCGCCGCAGGGCGCGCGCGCGCACACGGAGACCGAAACGUCGGAAUUGCGCAAAAGUCCGACUCGAUUUCAGCACGAGUCGCCCCUUCGUGGCGAUAAGUAACGCGGUGACACGGACGUGGGCUAUCGUGCUCUCGGCUCGGAUGUCCCAGCCCCGGUCGUAGUAACGUGGAAUGUCCACUACGGGCUCAGGUGGGGUGGGGAACCGUAACCAGGAGAGAUGCGUCAAUGGAACCCACCGGCUUUGACUUUUGGUGUCGUGCUUUCGUUCCCGCCGUAGAGCGGACUUUGUAUCCGCUUGCAUUAAGACUUAUUGAGCUUGUAUUGCUAUUCGGGUGGAAUCGGGAUCGAUUUUUCAGACCCCAGGCUUUAUUUUCCCCAGCUGCCAAGGCUCCGUGGAGCUAAGCGGCUAAAUUACAAGGAGGGACCACAGCGCAAGACCGUCUGACGAUAGAGAAUCAGAGUCUGUGUCUAUCCUGGAGAAAAUCCGAUGAGCGACAAAGCUCUUGUUUUUUUCACAGAUGUCCUUUGCCGGGAGUGAAUGUGACAGACCGACUUUAUUUACACGCCACCCAAGCCAGAACUUUCUGUUAAACAGGAUACACAAUGGCAUAGUUCUUUAAAAAUGUACGUACAAAAAAACAAAUGCACGAGUUAUAGCGGUCGCAAUCGUGACAGAUUUAAUCCGUGGCUCGAGAAGGUAAAAGUGGAAUAUUAAGAUUGGUCAAAAGGACAUUCCAAAGUCGGGCACUGCGCAAGAGAAGUAGGUCCUGGAGUUCUUGGAAUGCAUUGUGAUUUAAAUUAAUUAAUAUCUGUAAAUAAAUAAAAUCCAUCGCAAAAAAUAUCUCGCCACGUCCUCCCCACGCGGCUUUAUUUGACCCGGUCGAGGCUUACGAUACAAACUGGCACACAAGACAAAGAUUCCCCAAGUAGCCUUUAACAGAUUUUUGGGGCAAGUGCUGCUAGCGAGCACCUCUUAAGAUCGACACGGCACACGAGGGGACGGGUGGUCAGCACCCAGUGCUGAUGUUUUUUUUAAAUUUUUACUCCACACCGUACUAGGUUGCUCAUUUCAGGCUGAAUCGACCGAGCAGAGGUCCAGGACCAGUUCAAAUAUUCGUCACCGGUGCCUGCCGUGAGCGGCAAUCGAACUCGGCUCGCAGGUUUCGUAGCGCGCUACCCACUCCCCACACACUCAGACACACACUGAGAUACACCGACACACACGCGCACAGACACACGCUAGGAAAGACUGUUCCAUAGAAACGUAUUUUCGUUGGUUCGCUGUACCACUGAUGUACAAAACAAAGCGUCGCUGCUCACCACUUAAGAACAGCUUGCACAAGCUCCAUCCGUCUCACUCACCUGUCCUGCUCACCCCACCCGCUCCACCCACUCACCUGUACUGCU